AUGGCCGCCGCCGACUCCUCCAAGCCCGCGCGCGCAGCCGUGCUCCCCGCCCGGCCGCUCCUCCUCGCGCUCCCCUUCCUCUCCCUCCUCCUCCUCCUCUACGUCUACUCCACCUCCUCCCGCCCUGUCCUCUCCACAACCGUCGCCUCCACCACCACCACCACCACCACCACCACGACGGUGCCGCUGACCCCAUCCCCGCCGUCCCCACACAUCCGGAUGCGGCGUUCCCGGUACGGCUCCUACGACGACUACCUCCGGCACCAGCUAAACAAGACGCUCGACCCGCGCCUCCGCCGGGUAUGGGCAACCCGUGACUGGCAACGGAAGGUGGACGCGUUCGCGCGCCUCUUCGCGGGGCUCCGCGACGAGGGGGGCGGCCUCCUCACCAACGCCUCCCGCGCGCUCUGCGUCGGGGCCCGGCUGGGCCAGGAGGUGGCGGCGCUGCGGCAGGUGGGCGUCCACGACGCGCUCGGCAUCGACCUGGCCCCGGCGCCGCCGCUCGUCGCGCGGGGGGACUUCCAUAAGCAGCCGUUCCCUGACGACACCUUCGACUUCGAGUUCUCCAACGUCUUCGACCACGCGCUGUACCCGGACCGGUUCGCCGCCGAGGUCGAGCGCACGCUGCGCCCCGGGGGCGUUGCUGUGCUCCACGUCGCCGUGCACCGCCGUGGGGAUAAGUACUCCGCGAAUGACUUGCUUGAUGUGCGCGGGCUUGUUGGGUUGUUCCCAAGGUGCGACGUCGUGAGGGUCUCUAAGGUCGAUGCGUUCGGGCUCGACACCGAGGUCAUCCUCCGCAAGAAGAGGUCGUCGUCUCGUCGUCGUCGGCGGCGGCUCUAG